UUACAUCAUUACCAUUUAAGUCUCAAAAGGGUGUAGCUCAUAAAUGAAUGGCGAAUCGGGAAACAAGGCGAAUCACUUUAAGCCGAAAUGUUUAAAACAAGUAAUUUAGACUUGCACUGAGUCAAUAUUCUCGUAUCUCGCCCCAUUGGCUCUAUUCAAUAUCCCAGAGCAAAUCUCGGCAGCCGAGAACCGCCUGUAAGACCAUUAUUAGCAAGCAGGUCCCAUUCAGCAUUGCGCCAAACAACCGAGGUCGAUUGAUUAGAAGUGAAGUUAAAGCUAUCCGAAGAUCGCGUAAGAGAUCUACAUACCUGGAAACAUGGAUUUAAUUCACUGGAUAUAACUGCAAUUGCUACGGAAUCAUGGCUAAUUAAUUUUGACUUUUAAUUUGGAAACUAUCUCAUCCCAUAUCGUUGUGAUAUACAGGGCUUAUAUAAAUUUGAAUACAGGCUAAUUAUCCAUCAUGUGUCGCUUUGUGUCAUGCUGUAAUAUUGGUUGAGGACUGAUCGUCACAACAAUGACGAACUCGGAGAAGAUGCGAUUCCAAUCACCAAGCAGGUCUGUAUCGAACCAUAGUCCUUCAUCAGCUCGCCAGGACCAGGUACGAUCCAGCACGAAGAGCAGAGCCUCUGGUCCCAGACCACUGGGCACCCCAGCUAGUGACAUCUCGAUGUACUACGACCGAAGGAUGGCUGCGGCACAUAAUGGUCGUUCGACGGGACACAGAAAGGGACGGAUGGGACUGUGUGCUUCGGCCGAUAUGGAGAGAAGGCGAAAUGGUCAUCAAAAUAAUAAAGGAAGCUGGGUCCACAAUGGUGUGGCCUCUCGUGCUACGGACCGCCACUCCUUCACCACCAUAGUCUCGCCGCAACUCACUCGACGCCAGGCUCGCUCCGACGUCGCUAUCCGCGAGCUCGGCUUGACGAGAUCGCACACUGUGGCCGAGCUCCGUACACCGAAGAUCAACCUCACCGGGGUGACCGGCGAACGACCUCGACCGCAGCUCUCGAGAGCAUCGACGUGGUGCGCGAUGCCGAAGGUCUCCUCUCGCUCGAUGUCGCGGUUUUCUUCCAUCUCGACGUCGAGUCUCCCAAUGAUUUCCAACAAUACAGACGGGCGGGCUGAUGCUCUAGUCAGCGCCUCAUGCGAUGGGUUGGUUGAGCGUGUCUCGGCUCUACGGAGUUUGGCCAAUAAUCCCAGAUUAAAGGUGAGCAUCGUCAACGGGGCACCUACGAUAUCACCCCGCAAGAGCACGCUUCCAUUUGGACUGGAAUCAAACACAUCUCAGAGAAGACACCACCGAGACUCCAAGAAAGAAGUCAUCGUUGAGCUUUCGAAACAUGGGUACCACUCUCGCAGCAACUCGCCUACCUAUCGUCGGCUCAUCCACGCGAAGGAACAACUCGACGUCGCGCUCUGCAAGAAGUUACGCGCUGUCAGACAGCAACUUGACGGGCAGACGGCGCGCGAGAACUCCGCCAUGAACGGAGGACUCCGGCUGAAAAUGGACGAGCGGAGUUCGGAGGAACGGUACAAGGACAUGGUGGAGAAGGAAUUGGAAAAUGACGAAGCCUCGGAAGUUAUUGAGAACAUGACAAUCGCCAACAGCGAGCCGCUUGCCAUAUUUGAAGCGUUAGAUUUGCGAAAUCCACGCCCUCACGUCGAUCUCAACUUUGAUAUUCGUUACGUACAAUCGCAUAUCAAUGACUUGGAUGUGUUGAAUAUAAAUGUGGAGGAGGAAGAGAAGAAAAUUCAGGAGAGGCGAGAUAGAGAGAAGCGCAGACGGCCAGCGCGCGCACCCUCGCAUUCUCCGACGCAUUUCCGCAGAAGCUGCGAAGCAUGUAGUGUGGAGGGCGCUCAUCAAACGGACAAAUCGCGCGUGGAUUACCUACGCACGAAAAAGUCGCGGAGGAUUAAACUCCGCAGACGACAGGAGAAGGAUAGCGACGAUAGCCAUGAUAAUGAUAGUGAUAAUGAUAUCGAGCCGCCGCUGAUGAUGGAUGAACCCAUCACAACGCAGCCGGACUUUCUACCGUUACCGUCACCUUCUACAAAAUCGUUCAAAACAAUGAAAAAGACCCAGAGUGAAACGUCGAAAUCGUCGAAAUCGUCGAAAUCGUCGAAAUCGUCGAAAUCGUCGAAAUCGUCAAAAUCGACGAAAUCAAAGACUUCAAGUAUCGCACAAUCUGUGGACGUAGCGGAAGAAGCAGUAAAAUCUGAAACAGUAGAAACGGUAGAAUCAGAAACCGAAAACCGGUUGCCAUCGCUAUCUUCGUCAUCACCCUAUAUGGAUACCCGAUCAGCAUCGGUUGCCAGCGAUCAGGAAUCUACUGGGACAAAACCCGAGACUUCGACUUCCGAGUCGCCGGUGGAGGAAGAUAAACCCAAACUGAGCGACAAGGAAAAGUUUUUGAUUAUGAGAAAACGGAUGAAAGAGAGAGAGGAGGAGAAGUUGGCCAAGAGGGAAUCGUUUGUAGAUUAUUCAAUGAUUGCGUUUCAUGGAUCGCGCAAGGAGAGGGCGGGGAGGGGGCAGAAGGGGCUUGGCAAGACCCUCUCCAACAGACUCGAGAGUAUGGCGUCCUUCAAAUCCAAACCAGAAGACGACGGUAAAACUAAAAGAAAAGGCUUGAUGUCAAUGUUGAGCGAUGAUGAUGAUGAUGAUGAUGACGAUGACGACGACGACGAUGAUGAUGACGAUGAAGAAGAAAAUGACGAGUAGAGCUUUCAACUACGAAACAUUGAUUAAUAUAUAUAUUUCACUACACUUUGUGAAGUGAAAAUAUAAGUCGACACAACAGAUGUUUUUGUUUUGUUGUAUACAGUGUGAGUCCAAAAAAAGUUUACACCUAGAAAACUGCUAAUUAUUUUAAAAAUCAUCUAUG